AUGGCAUCCAAGGGACCGGAGUGUUCAAUCUGUUUUGAAUGUUACAAUGACCAAAGCAAAUGUUCUCGGAUGCUGAGUUGUGGACACAGCUUCUGCUCGUGUUGUUUGGAAAGGUUACUCCGUGGUAACACCAUUGAUUGUCCCAAAUGCAGAAAUCCAGUUGCCGUUCCUUCUGGAGUCCAUGGUCUGUUAAAGAAUUUUGCAUUACUGGACAUCGUGAACGAAACGGCACCCAAACAACAUGCUGAAAAUACAGGUCAUGUCGGCUCUCACGAAUGUGAAGCUUGUGAUGAGAAACACCCUGCCAAUUUCUGUUGCCUUGACUGCAAAGAAAAUAUGUGCAAAACUGCGUCCCAGUUUCAUAAACGCAGCAAAACAAGUCGUGGCCACCGGGUUGUUUCCCUCGAGGAGCUGAAAGCAAACCCUCAGGUGGCUUCUGUAUGUGUUCUCUGUCCAGAACAUAACGAUCAAUUCCGAUUUUUUGACAAAGAUUGUCGUCGUGUUAUUUGUAGAGACUGUGACGCCCUUAAUCAUAGCGGGCACAACUGUGUAACUGUAGCUGAAGCUGCUUCAAAUUACCGACAGGAGAUGGAGGCGCUUGUCACCAAAGCCAGCUCUCAAGUCGAAAAGAUUAAAGCUGCUGAAGGUCAAGUGAUGAGAGCAAGUGUUUCUAUGAAGGAGGCUUGCGAAGAAAGGAAUGAUGAAAUUCAAGAGUAUUUUCAACAAGUAAGGCAUGUCUUCGUUAUUAGUUCGAAUGAAAUCGAAGCAGCAAAAAUUUCCUGGGAUUACAAGAACGACUUACGAGUAACAUGAUCAAAAAAAUGAAAAACGGUUUAUGCUGGCAGUUACUGAGAUAAAGAAUAAUUUUAAAUGCACUCAAGUGACAUGCAGAAGUCAGUGAUUCGAAACACUGAACUAGAUACGUAUACGAAGAAGUAGACCUCCCGCAAAAUGAUUAACUUUGGAAUAACACUAACUGCUAAACUGCUAAACUGCUGCUAAUAUUAAAAUAAAAUCAUCAGUGAGGGAUCAUAUUGUUAUUAGUUUUCAAAUAUCAGGCUGCUGAGGGACAACAUGCAAGUUAUAUUAGCUUUGGAGAAGUUUCGGGAAUAUGUGAGUGUGUUUGUUUCUUAUAGCUUCGUGACGCAAUAAAUAGCCGAGAGCAAGUUCUACUGGAUAAGCUGGUCAGUCUACAUCAAUCCAAGGAAUCCAUCCUCACGGGGCAGCUAGAACGUUUUCGAUUAAACAAAGCAUGUUUAGAGAGUGCAGUUGAACAAGCAAAGUCCUCCAUACAAUCUCCUAGCGAUGUUAACUUUCUUCUCAAUAGGCCGGCCAUAGUGUCCACUUUGGAGACCAAUCAUGAAAGCUACUCUUUGCUGCUUGAACCGGAGGCCCAGUUUUUACCCGAGUUUACACAGGACGAAAAGGUGAGAUUUCAAUAACUGUUUCAGUUCUAGGAACAGUUCAUGGCCAGACAAUAUAAUUUUCUAUCCCGUUCAGAUUUCUGUUGGGUUCCCGAGGAUAACAUCGGCUUAGUAUCAACCAAUUUGAGAUGAAUUUCGGUCAGGUAAUUUUUAGUGGUUCUUGUUAACGUUUGUUUCCUGAUGAGGUGUGAAUGGAUAAAGUAAAUAUGACUGAUCCUUUCAUCUUUGAGGCGGUUCUGAACCGUAAGCACAAGGUGCCUUUCACGUUUCAUUGUUCCAUAUUGUGACAAAAGUUGAACUAAUCAAUAUAUUUUACAGAAAUAGUUGAUCGUGACGUUCAUUUCUUAAGACAAACCUCAUAAUUAUGGUUGGCCCAAAUCGAAGUUUUAACUGAUCUUUUUAGUUUGUUUCUAGAUAGAAUACUAGAACUUAAUGCUAAACUGAGGCGUCGACUGUUACAAGAGAAAAAUAUUGUACAGGAGAAAAACUUUAAGUAAUGAUCCGGGUAAGGUGGAUAGCAAUUUCUUUUGUUAUGCGGCAACGGUGCUUUCCCCACAUAGGAAUGUUCUCAUUUAUACGUAGAGAAUGCAUAAACCUACAUGAAGGCCGUUUACGCAAUAAAAUGCAUUUACACUCCACUUUGAAAGGGUGUUUUUCUGUGUUAAAAGAUUUUGACCAAUCACAAGAGUUGAAAACAAUAGCCAAGAAAAGUUUACAAUUUUAUAUGUUCCCACAUAGGAUUUCUUUGUUAUUCAAACGGAGACCAGAUUUUGUUAUAUGGAAGAUGGUUGGAAAGUAAGGAUGAAUAUAUGUACAGCUUUAUGAAGUUUUGUUAACUUUUGCUGUUUAAGCCAAUCAGAAGUAAGAACUGACAACAGAAAAGUUAGCACCUUUUUUGCAUUCCAACAUGUUCGUUGCCGUUGUUGCUAUCGUUCUUAUCUGGACCGUUUCUUAAUGAAUUAACGUUAACUUAUUGAAUUUGUCCCCUCAGCAGAGAAAUUCACUAGAUGUAAAAAGGCCUCUCGCCCCCUCCCAAGACUCUUAGGGGUACAGUGAGAAGAAAGAUGGUGAAUCCUUUUGCUUUUCAGCCCUUCCCUCAUGAUGAUGUCACUCCCUUGAAAUACACCUUUAACUUUUAAAAAGGAGCACUGAACCAACUCAAAGAUUGUAAAUCUGAAAUCUAGUUGUCGCCGCACUGAAGUAAAAGUUUUAAACAACGCAACUACUGACCAAAAAAAUCGUAAAUCGUUUGUUAUUGAAAAUUAUAUAUUUUUUAACUGACUGUAAUGAACUCUUUUAGUCCUUUUUUGGCAUGGCGGGUUUUACAUUUGGCAAGAGUAUAGAGAAAGCUAUCCGGCAGAGCGCAGGCGACAUCAGUGACAGAUCAACUUGUGCAGCCAACUCUACUGCAACUGGCUCGGGAAUAAAAAGUGCAAACCUUGGAAGGAAGGCAAAAUUCACUAUUACUUCUCGCGACAGCCAAAGCCGUCAAAGCAAACGAGGUGGCGACGUUUACGCGGUGAAACUAAAUAAGGGAGAAUACGAAGUUAAGGUGGAUGUAAAAGACAAUGACGACGGGACGUACUUAGCAGAAUAUACUGUCCCUGAUCAAAAGUUCACGAGUUUCAUAUUAAUAUUUGGUGGUCAGGAGGGGUCAGGUCAGUACACAUUGUCCGUGUGCUUGAGAGGCGCUCACAUCAAAGGCAGCCCUUUUGCUGUAAAAGUUACACGGUGUUCUCCCUAGAGGGGGAGAAAAAGCUGAUUUUCCGAGGACACUCAUUUAACGCUGCAGAGGAAAAUACAAACAAAAGAAACGGUACUGUUGUCUACAUAUUGGCAUUACUUUUCUUUCUUCCGCAUUCAACAGUCUAAAUUUUUUCGCUUUUUGCUUGGGUUACCGAGGAAGAAAUUAAUUAAGAGAGGUCAUAACUCUCGACUGGGUGGUUGGUUGAGGGGGUGGCUUGAACUGAAUAUUCUAAAAUUCUCUCAGUCUUUUUUGAUUGAGAUGAGAUUAGGAGUUUUUAGGUGCAAUUAUCCAUAUGUAAGAGUGUUUAGGACAUAUGCACAUGUUUGCUUGUCUAGGUUAUAGAUCUAGACAAAUCGAUUCUUCGCUACAUGUGGUCAUUUAAUUCAACGGAUCUUUUCCUACUGAUUUAUUUAGUGCACAUAUGAUUACAAGUGCCAUCAAUUACGUAAUUAAUUGCACAAAAUUAGUAUUUUUAUUAUUUUGUUGUGCAUUUCUGUAGAAGUUUCAAAAUUAAGGCUUAGUAAAAACUAUAAUAAUGUUGCAUCUUUGAUAAAAAUAAAAUAACACGCCAUGUUUGGUAAUUUCGACUUGCCCUUUUAUACUGUAGCAGAGUGCAAUAUAUACAGUGGAAAAAAUAUAUACAAUACAUACAAUAUAUGCAUUGGUCAUCUGUUUAUUACGAGCAGUUUCGUCUGUCCUGAUGAAAAGGCUAUAUAUUUUUUUCUAGAAUCACUGGCUCGCUUAAGGCCCCAUCCACACGAAGACGAUUGUAAACGCAAACGCUAGUAAACGCAAACUUUUUUAUGCGUUAGGCCUUCCGUCCACACGAAGACGAUGAAAACGCUCACCGUAAACCAGGGUUUUCAUUAAUUUUUGAAGUAGGAGGGUUCUCGUGGUAGAGUAAGCGGGCAGCCCUGCAUAGCGAAGGGCCGAAGGACCGAGCCUCUAGGGGGGUCCGGGGGCAUGCUCCCCCGGAAAAUUUUUGAAAAUUAGACUCUCGGAAAUGCAUUUUCCAGCAUUCUGAGUUGGAAAUUUAUAAUUCUAUUCCCUCAUUUUGCAAACGAAAAUUGUGAAUAAUUUGCGGAGCUUUUACUUUAUACUAGCAAUGUUGUAACUGUUUACAGCCUUAGAGAAUUUACUAAAUUGACAAGCACAAAUUGACUUCAUGAAAACCAAUAAUGUAACUAAUUUUGUAACUUUUUGCAGCCUCAGGGAAUUUACUAAAUACAUAAUAUAACAGUAUGAAUAAUGAACCAAACUUACCGGCUUACCGGUAUAUUGCUUAGUUUGUUAGAUAGUGAGCCACACUUGCCUUUUUUGAUUUAAAUUAUAAUAACUGAAACAAACAUUAUAUAGAUCGUAGAGUUUCAUGAAUGAACUCCUCCUGUACUGUUUGCUGCUUUCAUUCAUGAAGAAAACUUAAAGUCAAUCCUAAAUACGGGCAACUAAUGUAUGAAGCUUAAAAGGACUACACUAUUGACUAUAUGUCAUGGGAAAAUUCAAAGUCAGAGCCGUAAUCUGAAUCAUCAUCAUCAUCUGCUGGUAGCUCCAAUGCUUUUGAGGUUUCAUCUACUUCAUCUGCAAUUGUACGUUGAACUGGCUGAAUGACGCUGUCAUCAUUUGUCUGCACACCAGCAUCCUGCAUGGUUACCGUUACAACGUUCUCACUUAUACCACUUGAAUUGGCGACCAGUUGUGUGCUGACAAACAUUGGAGGACACUUUCGGCGUGGUUUGGCAGCUAACCAAGCUCUAACAGAAGCAUCAAUCACUCCUUCAAAUUCCUUACUUCCCACUUUAGGACCAUUGAUGAGAAUGUGUAGCAGAGCGUUGAGCAUGUCAUUCUUCAUUCUACUUCGAAGCCUUGUCUUCAUCAGUUUUAAAGAACUGGCACCCCUUUCCGGCCAUGCAUUCGACACUGGAAGAGAGAUCACUGCCUCUGCCAACUUUGCAAUAAGUGGAAGAUUAAAUGGGACCAGGUCCUUCAUGAACAUUAGCUUCUGGAGGCACCAAUCAGUUGAAGUGACUGUAGGUUUGCUUCCACCAGAGAGCUUUCUAACUUCCUCAGGCAAUUCGUUCUUCCAUUUUGCCAAGUCGUACUUGAAUACCUGCCACUCAUCCAUCAACUGCUUUUUGUCGCUUUCGUCAUCAAAGAACUGCUCAGCCAGAAGUUUCACCGCUGCACUGCCAUAAUCCCUGAAUCCUGGCUGGCCCCUUUCUGGAACUUGUGCAGGGUCAAAAAUACUAAAAGCAGACAGGAGGGGAAGGGCAGGAAAUCUGCUACUUAAGCUUUCUUUCAGUGAAUUGACAUAUUUCACCAGGAAAUUGGUGAGAAACAGCUUAUCUCUAUCAGACGCAGUAAGAUCAGCUUGUUCCAAUCUGCCUCCAGGUGAAAGAUCUCUAAGGAACUCAGUGACUGGAACUCCCAUCUGGGCAAUUUUGUCAAGGUCAUCGGUGCACUUCUGAAUUGCUGGCUUUAUAUGGGAGAAGGAAACCUUUCCUUGUUGGAAAGCACAGCUGAGUCUGUUGAGAACAGGAAGAACGUGAUGCAUGACUGUUACCACCCCAAUGAAUUUCACUUUGUGCAUCUUUCCGAGAAGACCUGACGCCUGAGCAUCUUUCUGGUCAAGUUGCUUUUAGUGUAAGCAUGAGUGGUACGUAAUCCUUAUGUACACCCUCUACAGCCUUGCCAAGAGAGAGCCACCUCGUGCGAGUAGCCUUAGCAAGUCUACGGACGCACUUAUCUUUAGCCUCUUUUGAAGGCUCUUGCAGCUUUUUCACGUUAAGUUGGGUCUUCAGAUAUGCUGCAAGUCGUUUUGGGGAAUUUUCAAAAAAUUUCCAGAUCUGAAAAAGCCAUCUCUCAACUUCUUGCAUGUAUGCGAUAUCAUCAUUAGUGUCACAGCAAGCAAGGGACAGUUUAUGGCAGAUGCAGUGAACACUGACGAGGUGUUUGUUCAACUCUUUCAGCCUGGUGGCCACCCCACUGGUUUUUCCAGUCAUCACGGAUGCUCCAUCCGUGCAAAGGCCAUUGAGCUUUCCAACUGACAAGUCACAAUGGUUUAACUCUGUUACAAGAGUCCUCGUUAUGGUUUCUGCAUUUGCAGACUCAGAUUCAACAAGGAGAUCAUUUGCACUAAGAAACUUAAUCUCUGUGCCACCAGAAGUGCUGUUCCAAAACUGCACGAACGUGAUUAAUUGCUCAGUAACAGAGAUGUCUGUUACUUCAUCAAUUAGAAGGCCGGGUAAACGCAUAAAUUCGAAAACGCUCUCCAAAGUGGAUAAAUUUGAAAACGCCGUUUAUGCGUCUUCGUGUGGACGGCUGUAAACGUAUAUUUUCGUAAACGCUGUGAAAACGCUGACGUCAGAUGUCAACGCCAGUCUCUUUUAUCGAGUGCGUUUCCAAGAUGGCGUACACACGAGUGUUGAGCUGUGUCAUGCUUGCGCUUAUUUCAAGCAUAAUUGCGAGCAUUCAAUUGAAUCAUGCAAUAAUCGAUAUACAGGAAAACUACAAAAGAAGAAGACUAAACCUCUCAAGAUUGUUAUCCACAACUACAAGCACUUUUACUCGAGUAAAACGACUUUGAUGCAGACGUGAGAGCAAAGAGAGAAGAUUCUGGACCAGACCAGGUCGAACAAGCGCCUGGUGGAACAACUUUGCCGAUCAAGUGGUGAUACCAGAAGAGUGGAAAGAGAACUUUCGAAUGAGCAGAGACUCGCUAUAUAAUCUAGCUGAAGAACUGAGACCAUGCGCGUUCGGUGUAUGACAUCGUUUUAUGCGUUUACGAGCGUUUUCGUGCGGACAGGUUAAAACGCUACGUAAACGAUGAUCGUUUUCGUGUGGGCGGAGAUAAAAAUAUGCGUUUACUAGCGUUUGCGUUUACAAUCGUCUUCGUGUGGACGGGGCCUAAUUCUUAAAAGGUAAUGGAAUAUAAUAAACUUUGAUAAAUGAUUGUGAGAUUUCUCUAGAAUGAACUUGUUAUACCAGUGGUUACAGUUAAGAAAUAAAACAUCGUUUUCUCGUAAAAAAUGUCUGCUUUCAGUAGUAUUCACAUCUGCGAUAAAACAUGUAACCUUGCCUUUUUUUCUGAGAGCCUGCUUUACUAAUACGAACAUUAGGGCAUGCCGCCUUGGUGUCCGUAUAAGCCGGAUUCCUCUGUACCAAUUUUAACGAUUAUUACAGGCGUGAAGACCAUCAAACUAUUAGAUACCGUGAAUUUUUGUGCGGGCUAAAUUUUAAGAUUUUGUAACGUAGUGAAGAAGAGAGUUUGUAUUUGCAGUGAAUGUAAAGCAGCUGUAUUUGGCGGGAGAGGUACCUGUGAGUUUUAAGUUGCUCUCUAAAAUAUAGGUUGGCACAAGGUAUUUUUUUCAACGUAUACUGAGAACAGCCUCUUUUAAUGAGGUCAGAAACUAUAGGUUAUUAUUAUGGACCUUCCCAUACCAUACCGGAUGGUGCUUCUGUUCAUACCAAGAGAGAAUGAGAGAGCUAGCGCUUGUUCUCUCUAGUUCACACAUAAGAACCCUCAGUGAUUUCGGCGCGAUUCACCCUGUAACUGAUCGAAGCUGCACAACACCGAUCUUGAAAGUGCAGAAAGUGGAGCGUCACAUAUCGUAGUGUGAACAGGAACGAGGACUGGAAACCACUGAGACCGAAGUAAAUAUUCGGGAGUGAGAACUGGAAUUUAGUGUACCAAGCCCUCUCCGCCAACAGCGCCAUUAAGUCCGUUCACAACAACAAGGCGGAAGUGCAGACGGUGGAGGAAUAUUCGGAAAAAAAGUUCUUACACUUACUUUCGGUGAGCCUUUUGCUUUAUAAAAGGUAGGUACAACUUCUUUUAUUAAAAUACUGCAAGGCAAAGUUUAUUGUAAGGCAGUAGAGUCGACUAGUUCAACCUAAUUCCUGCCAUCGCUCGCUCUGCUGGGUCAGCUCUCGACAGCUCAGUGAGGCAUUUCCAAAUCCAAGCAAAUCCAAGUCGAGUCUAGAUCAUUGGAUGAAAUAUUGCUUAGUUAUUUAAAUGCAAGCUUUACGUCAGUGUUUACUGUACUUAACACUAAUAUUACGUAAAUGGGAUCAUAAUAUUUCUUACAUUUUCACGCGUUGAUGGUAUUCUUUAUCUGGUUGGAUUGAUUUAAGUGACGACACGGAAAAGUUAUCGGUUCAGUUAUUUCACUAAUAACAACUACAAGAGAUUUUGAAUCGAAAAGCUUCAAGCCGUAUUGAAUGUACUUAAAACCUCUCAGCCGUUUUACUAUUUGUUAUGACUUUAUUAGAAGUAUCACAUUGUUUAGCUAUAAUAUUGCCUAGUAGCUAAAACCUCAAGGCACUUAACUUUGCUUCUCAUUAACUCGGAAAGUUCAAACUUUUAAAACUUUAAAAAUUGACUUGAAUAGAGAGAAGUCCUCACGUCACUUUGCCAAGGCAGCAAACUUUUUGGAUGACAACAAAGCGAUAAAGUCACUUAAAAGUCUAUUCGCACUAUUUCAAGCUUCCCCAAUCUUAUUCAGUGUGGUUUAAUUUGGCAAAUCCUGGCAAAAUUUUCUUUGGGACCAUAUCUAACGUUAUCUAAGUUUACAAAAAGAAGGGGACAAUUUUUGUGUUGUGUUCACCUGCUCCAUAAAUCGAGCUCGUGAAAUUAGGAAGUUUCAUGUCGUAGUGGUGCAACCAUAGCAAAGGAAUGUACAAAAUAGCGUGAUGCAUGUGCAAAGUUGUUGUUUGUUAUUUUUUGCCGUUCUCCUGGCCGUCGCCGUAGUCGUUGGUUUAGUUGUCAUCCAGAAAUAGUGCUACCGUGGUAACGUGACGUCACACCUCUCCUCUCUAUUCUUUCAACGGACGUAGCCGGACACCGUUAGGAGAGCCGGAGCAAAGGGUCCGUAUAGGAGUGGUGUCUGUAUUGUAGAGGUCACCACAGUGACAUCACUUUAAGACUGCACUAUGAUUCGUAAUUGUUAUUGUAAGUGUUCGUAAAUUGUUUCAUAUACAUCAUAUUUAGUGAAUCAGGCAUCGCUCCAGUAAUUUCUGAGCGGUUUGACUUAAUAUUUUCUUGGUUAUUUGUUAUGGUAUUUUAUUUUAAUUUUUCAAAACUCCAGUUGAAGAUAAGGGAACUGAAACGUUACCCUUUGGGGCGGCACAUACGUAUAUGGCUUAUAUAAGGGAGUACUCCCCCAGCCCCGACGUAGCGGGCCACCUAAGUUUGGAUUUGGUAGAUCUGUCACAAAAUUACCAGUCUAAGCCUGAUGACUUUGAUCACUGAAAAAAUGUACAAAUUGAGAAUCAGAAGACUGCUUCGCGGGAGGAGAACCUUGUUCAUCUUUGCACAUUUUUGACCACUGCACCACGGUGCCACUCAGUUUUUGUAAUGUUAAAACGAUUUUUCGCACUCGCCAUUAUUUCAGGUUUAAAAGGCCGAUCGAUGAAGAAAAUCGAUCAAACUUGCUUUACUGAAUUUGGUGGAGAGUUCAGAAAUAAACGGAGGCCCACACUCGAAGGGAUUGAUGAGAAGUACCGUCGAUUUAAUUAGCGAAAGAAUAUAUGGAAUAUAAACGUGUGUGACCUCUGAAUCAAACCUCCUGUUCUGGAGACUAGACGUUGCCUAUUUUAGAGGAAAAUGAACCAAUUUUUUAUGCCCAUGCUGGUCCCGUAAAGAAGAUGGCUAUCCCGCAAACAGCCCGCAACACAGAUUAACUAAAUUACAUAAUUACGAACAGAAAAUACCAAAACGGUUUAUACAAGCAGAUAAAAGCAACAACCAAGCUCACAUUAGCCAUGUAUAGCAAUAUUUGCCUGGCUUUUAAUCCUAUCCCCAACCUCUUUUGUUCGCAUGACUAUGAUGUUCCUUGUAGCAAAUUUGCAGAAGCGACCCGAAACUCUAUGUGACGUCACACUGGCAGUGAUCAGUGAACCGAUAUUUACCGGAUCAUUAUCCAUCCCGUGGAAACUGGCCACCUACCCCUCCCCUAAGCCAACAUUAACACUUACUUUUUACUUAGGGCAAAAUAUUGGCUUAGGGAGUGGUAGGUGGGAAGUUUCCCAGCUGUUUACCUUAGAGAUGGCCCAGCUCUCCUGGGCUAGUCUUUUUGCGCCGGCGGGCUUCGCCGCUAGACGCUUGCGCACACAUACACUCCCCUUACUAAAUUCGAAGAAAAGGAGAGACUGCUCUCAGUCUACCUUUUGAGGGAAGUUUGAAAAAAUUUGGAUAAGGAAAAGAGAUCUAUUUCCUUACAAGGUUGUCAGAACAGAUUGUUAUUGGGUGAUUACAUUAGCUUAAUGAGGAUCAAUUGUUAAUCGUUUCUUUCAGAUAAUGGCUUCCAUAGAAUUUCUGGAGUGUCCUAUUUGUUGUGAACUGUUCAAUGAAAGUGACCGAUGUCCUCGAAUGCUGAGUUGUGGACACACCUUCUGCUCAAGCUGCUUGGAGAGACUACUCCAUGGUAACACCAUUGAUUGUCCCACAUGCAAAACUACAGUCAACGUGACCUCUGGAGUCGCUGGACUGGUAAAGAAUUUUGCAUUAUUGAGCAUUGUAAAUGCCUCACCUAAACGACGCGUUAGAGAGAGCCAAGGAGAAGGAUAUUCGGAGAUUUGUAGCUUUUGUGAUGAUGAUAAGCAUCCUGCAACUUCCCAUUGCUUGGACUGCAAAGAAGACAUGUGUGCAGAUGCUGUUCGUUGGCACUAUCGCAAUAAGGCAAGUGGUGAUCAUCGGAUUGUCUCUCUAGAACAACUGAAAACAAACCCGGGACUGGCGGCCGUAUCGAUUUUCUGCUCAGACCAUAAGGACUGUAAAUUCAGAUAUUUCGAUAAAGACUGCGGUCAUUUAGUCUGCAUUGACUGCGUCGCACUCACACACAAAGGCCACAACUGUUUGACCCUAGCUGACGCCGCUGAAAAGUACCAAAAGAAGAUGGAAGUGCUUGUCACCACAGCCAGUAGGCACGUAGAAGAGUUUAAGGCUGCAGAAGCUAGGGUGCUUCGAGCACGUGAUAACCUAAACAAUAUUUACCGAGAACAGGCCGUCCAGAUUCAAGUCACGUUCGGGGAGGUAAGCUUUGCAUUUUAUGCUUCCUUUUUUCCGAGAGGGAAAGUGACAAUACAGUAAAAAGACAAAAGAUAAGUAACAUAAUUUUCGCCUGCUUAGUUGGUGGGAUUGUUAUGCAUGGGCUACUUUCUUAGCACUCGCCCUCGCCGCGUCAGUUACGUAGGCUACCGAAUUUUAACCGCAGAUCAAAAUCCCCCUUUGAUCACAGUUGCAUUUCAUUCUACUUGUUGAUUUCUCACUUAACUUGAGCGCUUUUUGGCUCGAGUCUUGUCUCGGAAUUGAAUUCAAACACAGUGGUAGAAUUUUAAAAUACAGUAGUCGUUUACCUUGGAAUUUUUGGGGAAAAGGAAUCCUUUUAUUGUUAUUCCAUUUCCUCGUCUUUUACCGGAAUAAUCAACCUAGGGACUUCGAGCAGGGACGAUGGCAAAGGCAAAGUAAUGGUCGCUUGAAAAUCAACUCGCUCUCUUUUUUAUAGACUGGUUAUUUUACUUAGUUUGUCUGACCAAUGCAUGCCCAAAUGAACAAUGUGUCUUAAUUUCUCCACAAAACCUUCAAUUUUAUUCAAUCAGUACUAAUUUAAAUAGACUUUAAAUGAAUUAUGAAGAAAUAAUCGUCGCCAAGUUGCAAUUUAAGCAAUUGUAAAUUAACCCGAAAACGGGAUUCGAACCUAUGGCCUCUGCGUUAGUACUCGAGCUCACCGUUCUUCGUACAUUCACAUUCAAAUGAAGUGCAUUUUUUCCCAUUUGAGGAAACAUCUCACUGGUCUUUCCAUACAGACUGAAUUAGCUUCUCACCAUUAGAUGUUAUGCAUAUUACCUCGUAGCUUCAAGCUGCACUCGCUACAAGAGAACAAAUUUUAAUGAAUGACCUUUACCAUGCCAACAUUGCCAAAGAUGCCACUCUCACAAGGCAGCGUGAUCGUUUGCACACAUUUCAAACCAGUCUAGAAGGUGCUGUAAAUAAUGCAAGAUCCAUCAUUCAGUCAUCAGGGAGUGCUGAGUUCCUUGUCGCCAUGUCGGAUUUAGAGACUCUGCUGGAGGACAUAAAAAGCCAACAACCACCACUUGAAACACGGGAGAACUGUCAAUUCGAGGCGGUUGCUUUCAACCGCGAACUGUUGCUAGACGUGAUCAAUAACGCAGGUGAAUUAAUAAGGCCUUCUGCCUGUGCAACUACUACAAAAGCGGUAGGCUCGGGAUUGUUUAUUGCACCGAUGGGAAAAGAUUCCUUUUUUACCAUAUCUGCACAUGAUUACCAAGGACGUUCACUUGGGGUUGGCGGCGACAUCUUUCUAGUGAACCUCCAGACAAAUGAUAAGAAGUGUGUGAAAGUAAAUUUAAUUGACCAAGGCAAUGGUACUUAUCGGGGAAUUUAUAGAGCCCCCGAAGGCACAAAGGGUCACAUGUCGCUGUCAGUGCUUUUACGUGGUACCCACAUUGAAGGCAGCCCUUUCCUGGUGCGUUUGGAGAAUCCGCCCAUUGGUGAAGUACGCUGCUACGCAUGUGGUAAGAAAAGUAGGAAAAUGAAUUACUACAUGAACAGUAAUGAACCGUUCCGUCCUAAAGACACUAUGCGAGUUCGUGGUUAUAGUGCUCUCUGCGUUCCUGGCUGCUUGGGUUAUACAUAUGAGGACGACUGGACCCUUGUUUGUGGUCCGUGUUGAAUAAUGUCUUGUUGUUGACAAACAGUUAGGAAUUCAAACGUUUGCAGUAUGCAACAGGAGUCUGGGAAAUAGUAAAAAAUUGUGUUUUUGGUGUAGAGUAGGGUACAAAUGCGGCUGAACGUAAUCUGGUAUAAAUUAUAGUCGUUGCAGAGUCCAAGGGUACACUCACACCAUAAAGUGCAUAGAACACCUAAUGGAUGGCGCAAUGGAGUUGCACCAGACAUACAAAGCACAUUUCAUUAAGGGCCUGGAAAGGGGGCAAAGAAAACUCUUGUUACAUUACCGAUUCAGCCUUCUCCACAGGCGCUUCGUUUUUCGCAAGGUAGAGGCGAGCGACUGGUGAUGAGCCGCAAGGGACCAUGGGAAGGAUACAGACUGCAGGUGAAGCCCGUUGUCCCCUUCCCGCCUUCCUUUGCGCGCGCGAGAGGGACGUCUGGGUACGAGGCAGUUACCGAUUAGUGCUUUUGUUUCGGCUUUUUGCGUGAUGUCUUUCGCAUGCGUGAAGCCUUUAAGCGUUAUGCCUUUUUGUGUGAUGCCUUUCCGUCAGCGAGAUGCCUUUUUGCGUGUGAUGCCUAUUUGAUAUUACCCCUUUCAGAAUUUCUUCCUUUUGCAAUGGCUCUUGUUUUACCGGCUUUGAUACGGUAUAUGCCAUGUUUGACUUAUCCCUUUUCACUCAGUUUAGGAUAUUUAAUUUUGUCGUAUUUAUAUACCUUAAGGAUUUAAUUUUGUCAUAGGUAUAUGUCUUAUAGAUAGGCUAGACGAGGCUGGAAGAUGUAAAGCUCUAGACCCGGGGAUUGGUUGAGGGAGGAGUUUGAACUGAAAAUUCUAAAAGUUCUUUAAGU